CCAAUAGCGCCUCUGCCUUGGUUACGGAAAGAUGGCGGGUGCUGUCAUAAGGCGAGUGGGCGCGCUAGGCCUACCCCGCCGUUCGGUGUGGACGCCGCUACCGCCGCCGCCGCUGGCAGGCCUUGGCGGCCGUCGCUGGCAGCACACGCUGCGCUACGUGCCGCGCCGAGCCGUGCUUUACGUCCCGGGGAACGACGAGAGGAAGCUGCGCAAACUGGCCUCGCUGGACGCCGACUGCGCAGUCCUGGACUGUGAAGAUGGGGUCGCGGCCAGCAAAAAGGAAGAAGCACGGGAGACCAUCCGAAGGAUGCUUCCGGAACUGAACUUGGGCCGCACAGAAAAGUGCGUCCGGGUCAACUCCGUGUCCAGCGGCCUGGCCGACCUCGACCUGUCAGUCAUCCUUCAGGCGGAGCUCCUGCCCCCGGCUCUGAUGCUGCCCAAGGUUGAGGGCACUGCGGAAGUGCAGUGGUUCGUGGACAGAUUUCAACACCAUAUGAAAGGGAGAACUCUGACCGAGCCCAUUCGCCUGGUGACAUUUGUGGAGAGUGCAGUCGGCCUGCUCAAUUUUAAGGCUGUUUGCGAGGAAUUCCUCCGCCUCGGCCCCGAGGUCGGCCUGCACCACGACGGCGUGGUCUUCGGUUCCGAUGACUUCUGUGCCAGCAUAGGUGCUACGAGGUCGAAGAAUGCUCUAGAACUCCUGUACGCACGGCAGAAAGUCGUAGUGACGACGAAAGCGUUCGGCUUGCAGGCUAUUGACCUUGUUUACAUUGACUACCAGGACGAGGAGGGCCUCCGCGCGCAGGCGAGAGAGGGCGCGCUUAUGGGCUUCACCGGAACAAGUCUUACCCCACAGCGAUGACAAUAGAGUCACUGCACUGCUACUUCAUUUAAUAUGUGGGGACGCAUCAGCAGAUCAUACACCAGCAAGACAGGUUAAAAAAUGCUUUCACAAAUGGGGUGCCGAAAACAUUAUUCUUAAUACCAAACCUAUCUCUUGGUUUGAGUAAAAGUGCAUCAGCACUCAACACACAAUUGCAGUGAAAACUGAAGUCUGUGAUAUUUAAUCUUCUUCUUUUUUUGUUGUUGUUGUACUUUAAAUGUUAAAGUUUUAACCUCAUAAAUAGCAUCUAACCUGACACGGUAGUCAUUUAUAAUUCUAAUUAAGUAGCGCACAAAAUAUGCAAAAGGCUUUGGAUUAAGAGAUUAAUGCCACCACCAUGUUGUAUAAUCUUAGUGAUUUUCAUUGUCCAGAAUCUGCUAGAGCAGUAAUACCCUCUGGUUUAAAAGACAAAUGUGCGUUUUUUUUUAAUGGGGACGUUCAGCCAUUAUUGGCAUCAAUAUUGCUUUUGUUGUCUUAUUCCCCUUCGCUACUACAUGGUUACAAAGUAUCGAGUUUGAAUUGCAAAAAUCUGUCCAAUCUGAAAGAUUAUGUAUUUUCUCCAUGUAGCCCUUUAUUCCAUGUAGCGGAAUUCUGCAAUUAUUUUUGCAGCAAGAAUUUCGAAGCAGUCAUUACCUCCGUUAAUUUUGUGUCCUGUUAAUGUUAUGCUUAACUAUGAAAACUUAAACCAGAAAAUCAACAUCCGUAAUAAUUACGGACGAGCCGCCGUUGUGUAUUUUGGUUCCAAGAGCUCUACAUGUAAUUUGACAGUCCGCACUUAACUAAAUAGAAGACGCUCCAAUGAGACACCCCGCACCAGAUGGCAGGCUGUGAUUGGCUGGGAGAAUGGAAGCAGACUGAAUGAUGCAGUCUGGAAAGCCAAUGACGGCUCAGUAGGUAGGACUGAAGAACCAAGCCCGCCAGCUCCGUCACUCUCCGAGCCCAGCUUGGACAGCUCCAGCACAGGUGGUAGCAAUGGGAAGAGGGUACAUUUUGCUGGGAGGAAACAAGCCCCCCCACCUUUGUGGCUGUUGUGGAAUGGCUGUGACAGACAGGGCUGGGGGGCCUCCUCUUUAGGCUGUUGACCCAAUAGGCUUUAUCCGGAGGGGGAACAUAGGAAAUCUCACAGUGGGCUUUUGGGAAUCUAUUCUUUCCAGCCUUGUGGCCAGCCUUGUGGCCAGCCGCUCUAUCAGGCAAUAAACUUUACUUAUGCCACAUUGCACCUCAAGCUGUUGUCUUCAAACAAUCAUUUAUUUCAUUCUGUUUAGAUUCCUUCCUCAGCAUCAUAUAUUAAAUAUUGCUCGUUUUAAUUCUAAUCUAAUUAAUCAUUUUUCCAAAUUCAGUUUUGUGAUAUAAUUUUAGCAUCAAUUUUUUUAAGUGUUAUGUUUCCAUACCUUUUAAAGUAUGUUUCAUUACAACUUUUUAGCUUCACGUUUCGUUAAUAUAUUUAAUCGAUAAUAAUCAAACCAGGAGACGAUGAAAAUAAAGAAAUAAAAUCGGCAGAGGGAAUUGUAGAGAUUAACUUGUUGUAGAUGGAGCCCAUACUUGUCUCACGUGUCUUGUUCUGAUCUUAUAGCUACACGGAUUUGUUCUUCAGAGAUACCAUAAGCCUGCGCGCUCCAGCGUGUACUUUCUGAACAGUUUGUAACCUUCAGAUUCUGUUAAACAUAAUUCUGAUAAUCUGAUUAAUUCUGAUAUUACUUUAAGCUUCUUUUCCCAGAAGCAAGCACAAGAGUUACAUCGACAAUCGACCUAGAUGUGACAGAAUUUUUUGGGACAAGUCAGUGAAGUAUAUUCGAUAAUAAAAAGCAGCAUUAAGCUAUGGUCAGCAGUUAUCGGCAUAAGAUAUGAUCAGAAAAUCAAAUGGUAAAUGUAAAUGCAUUGUUGCAUCGUUAAUGACAUGCUACACAGUACAGUAACAUAGCAGGACUGUACACCAUAUUUGAAACAUUAAGGAAAGACGCAAUUAGCAACUUUGUACAAAUUGAAUGAAUAAUAACUAUGCGUUUCCAGAGAAAAUAAACUUAAAACUGAACAGCGAUAGCAUGAAUUCAUUCAUACAAGCAGAGAGCAUCUGUGAUUUAUGUUGUUGAUGAAAUCUUUUAGCUGUUUGCUAUGGAAAACACCUAAUGUUUAAAACAACCUUACUCAUUAAUUAAAACAUGGAAUUCUGUGUGGAAGAUAAGGCCACCUAACAUAAAAUGUUUUAUCAAAAUAUUAUCCAUUUUUAGCGAAUAAUGUGACUAUUUACAGCACAUAGUACUUUAGGUAAAAAUGUAUAUUGCCAUAAAAAAGAUAAAUAAAACUUAAUAUGUAUUAGCAUAAUAACUUUUUGCUUAAUUUAGACAUGUCAAAAAUAGUUUUCGAUUGCUAUUGUUAUGGAUCAUUCUUUUUUGCUCAUUUUUAUUUCUUAGUUUAAUCUGCAUUUAAUGUAUCUGUCAUUUUGGGCUGCCUUGCUUUUUUUUUUUUUUAAUGAAAAACACUGUAACUUGUUUUGUGAUCAGCUGCAUAGUAAAACAUACAUAAUUGUUUUCCCCCUGGAUUCUACCUGGUUGCGAGAGACAAAUUUAAAACUCAUGUUUCCUCUCCCGUAAGAGGGGAGCUUUUGGAACCACCUUACAUUUCCCAGUGGAACAUAGAGUAGACUUGGGUGCAGCACGUGUCCUGAACAGGCCAGGAUUUCACAGGCAUACAUUAUGACAGUUUGUAAAUCCUCACUUUAGGCUCUUCAUUAAUACAUGCAGUUCAGCUGUUUAAUAUUUGCCGCGUUUUACCGUGACAUUGGUGUCUGAGUUACAGG